AUGGCUCCACAAAAUGCCUUGGGAUGUAGCGCACCCCAAUUACACAAUUAUAUAAAUUAUUUUGAGAUGUUUCCGAGUAUUUUACAAGAUGCCGUUAAGAAAACGUACGACGAUAUCCUUGAAUUAUUGGAACGAUUAAUGACGAAAAUUUAUGAAUUUACUGCGACGAUAGAGAAUAUCAUUUCUUUCGUUUCGAUCGACGAGGAUUACGACGACAUUUGUUACUCGAGCGUAAAAAAAAUUAUUUUACCUGAAAACAUCAAGGAAGAUAAUUACGAACGAGUUGUCGAAAUUUUAACGACGUCGCGCCAACAAGAGAUAUAUAUUAGGAAAGUAAAAUUACUUUCCGACGUGGAACACAGUGGUAAUAUUAUAAAAAAUUUAAUAGAACGUCUUCAACAACGUUUGAUGAGACUUCAUGAAACGAUGCGUUAUAGGACAGCCAUUCCAACGACUCAAGUCUAUCCACAGUUCAUUGACCUAGCGGAUAUAUGGAUGGGAUUGCAGGAUGAAGUGAUAAUAUUAAGUAAUAUUAAUAAUUUCCUUUGGGAGAUACAUAAUUUAAAUAUUAAGGUAACACAAAAAGGUUCACUUUAUUUCUCAACAAAAUCGUAUUACAAAGGACCCUCGGAGCACUUCAUUAAUUUUAUUUUUUCGCAGAAUGUAAACGUGUACGAUCAAGAGAUAUUCAAGGAUCUCAUAAUAAAGAAUGUAAACAUAUUAACGGACGCCGAACGUCUCGAACUGUCAAUGGGCGAAACGAUAACAAAUUGUGGUGAUUGUACUCUUUAUUAUCCGAACACUACUAAGGACUUUGAUAAAAUUGAUUUGGAGUUUCUCGGCUUUUGCGCUUGGAUGUUCGUCACGGGGAAAGGAGCUUUGAUUCCAGCAAAUCCCAACAAUGGGGUUGCUAAAUGGCGAGGAAGGUAUUAUGCUUUCAGUUCUGCAACAGCUGCUCGUCAUUUUGGAAAGGAACCAGAUAAGUGUGUGAGCUUUACAAAUGGAAGUAGUCUAUACGUUCAUGAGGCUCUAAAUUUCGUAAGGGAUCACAUAGAGUACAUUUAUCUAUUUCAAAUGUAUGAGGAUAUCGAAACUAUGAAAACUAAGGAGUUAACAGAAGAUGAAUUAGAAUUAAAGACUUGUCAGGAUCAGACAGUUCAAACCGAUACGCAUAUUUUACCACCAUCAAUGGAUAAUACAAAUAACGUUUGGAAUGUUUGGGAACUUAGAAAAAGAGCUCUCUCUUUGGCGAAAAUAGUAAAGUGUGCGACGAAAAGCACGCAGACUUAUAUAUCACACUUUAGAAGCGGUGCCUGCGUGCAAGCAGCACCACCAAAGGACAAGGAAGUUCAAACUAAACGGGAUAACUAUAUGAACACGAAGAAACUUCUCACUUAUAUUUUUGGAUUACGAGGAAGACGCGACAACAACCAACACGUUCUAUCUUUCCUGGAAGAGGAAUUUGAACACUUAUAA